AUGCGAGGUCGCGCGCUUCCUGUGCCUUCCGGGCAGCCUGCCCAGAAUGGUCAUUCGCGCAACCACUCGGGCCUCGACAUGGCUCGCAGCCCGCCCAACCCCGGCAACAAGAACACCAAACAUGUUCCCUGCAAAUUCUUCCGCCAGGGUGCCUGUCAGGCUGGCCCCGCCUGUCCUUUCUUACAUUCAACCGACUCGGCCGUGGACUAUGCUCCAUGCAAAUACUUUACCAAGGGCAACUGCAAGUUUGGCGCAAAGUGUGCAUUGGCGCACAUCCUCCCCGAUGGGCGUCGGGUCAAUCGCCCGACUGGGGGCAUGAGCGUGGGCGGCAGCCAUCUGAACCUCGGUGGCCGAGUCAAUCCGCAGACCUAUGUCAACCAAGACUCCGCCUUAACCAACUCCGUCCUCUCGCAGCAACGCAUGAACGGUCACGAGCCUCGAUAUGCCCAACAGGAAGACUUCCCAGCCUUGCACGGGCAGCAGCAGCCCAACUAUGAUACGAUCCCCACGAUUGAUGCCGGGCUGGCCUCCGACCCAGGUUCCAAAUAUGGCUCACCGGCGGACGACGUUCGAUUCCCCAUGUCGCCCAAUCACCACCAUCUUACAGCCUUGGAUGCACCACUCCCAGCCUCAUUCGACAGCCAAGGGAUCUCGCAUGCCGCCCGCUAUGGUCCAGUAGCUGCCUCCGUCCCCUCAAAAUUCGGCGUUGAACUGUCUCCACCGACACAGCGCCCCGGCGCAGAAGCUUUUCGGAACCUGCGCGACUUUGGACAAGGGUCUGAUUUCCGAAAGCAUUCGUCCAACAUCGGAUCAUCUCCUCCUGCACCUGAUGACAACAUUGGCCCCCGGUUCCUGCACUCCUCACGCCCCGUCAAACCACGCAUGCUCUCCGCGUCCGUGCCCCGACCUGCCGCCCUCGAUGACUGGGCGGAGGGCGACUUUCCCAUGGAGGAGGACUAUCUUCCAAUUAACCUGCACGAUGAUGUCCUCACACCACAGGAGAAGUUGCGUCGACUCUCGCGGACAGACCAUGACUUGAGUUCGAGCCACCGCGACAUGAGUGGCCUGGGCAUGACCAGCUCCAGUUUCUCCAAGAAUGGCUCACCCUUGGCUUCCAGUCCGUCUCGUUUUGGUGCGCUGUUUGCCAAGCAACGUCAAAAGAAAGAAGACGAUACCCACGGUUCCUCCUACCCGCACAUUGGUUCCCCGCUGCGUGAAUCGUCUUUGAAUCCAAUUGGCAGCCCUAGCCUGGGUCCCAUUGGCAGCCGUGCAUCCCAAGACGGCUCACCAUUUGUCUCCAGCCCUGGUCGCCAGUCGUCGAUGUCUAUGAUAUCCGAGCAGCUCAGCGGCAUGUCCCUCCACCCAGGCCCUGUCCGCCUCUCUUCCGGCACCGGACCGAGCAGCAGUGGCCGCCUGGACCGUUCCAUGGCCUCUCCGUUACCGACAAGUAAGAUCGACGAAGAGGAGCAGAGCGACUUGGUCUUCUCCAUGGAGGAAGAGGAGGGCAACAAGCGGAACAGUGCAUCCUGGAACUCCGAUACCAAGGAAGCUUCCGCCGCUUAA